AUGACGACGUAUCAAAAGCUAGUCAAAGGUGCGACGAAAAUUAAGAUGGCACCUCCCAAGGCCAAAUACGUGGACCCAAUCUUGCUGGGUACUGUCGAGCCACACGACUUUCGAGAGAUCAUGCAUGCUUUAGAAGACCGUGUUAUGGACACGGCGUGGACAAUCGUCUACAAAUCGUUAAUUUUAGUGCAUGUCAUGAUACGGGAGGGAGAGCUAGAUGUAACCAUCAAAUAUUUGUCCAAUCACCCAGAAUUUUUCCAGCUCAAAGACGUGUUUCAUUCAAAGUUGUCCUCUGGCGAUCUGCAAGCGCUGAGACGGUAUCGAGACUAUUUGCAGUGCCGCAGCGAACAAUACGCCAAUAUCGGUAAAGAUUAUGUUCGCGAUGGGUCUGCAAAUCUGAAAGGCCCCGUAGCAGAAGAACCGCAAAAAGCGCUGAACCAUGUUGAGUCGCUGGAACUACAAGUUACCGCACUGGUGAAAAACCGGUAUUCGCAGUAUGAUUUGGGCAACGACCUAUUGAUGACCGCCUUUCGACUCAUGGUACAAGAUUUAUUAGUACUUUACAAUUCUUUGAAUGAGGGCAUUAUUACGCUGCUCGAGAGUUUCUUCGAAUUGACGCAUCAGAACGCGGAACGCACGCUAAAGUUAUACAAGCGGUUUGUGGAAUUGACAGACGUUGUAGUGAAAUAUCUGAAAACUGGUAAAGCUGUAGGUUUGAAGAUCCCUGUCAUCAAGCAUAUUACAACCAAAUUGAUUCGAUCUUUGGAAGAGCACUUGCGGGAUGACGUGAACAAGGCCCAAACCUUCCCCGCAGACGACAAGAGAACACCCGCCCAACGAGAAUUGGAACAGAUUCGGGAGCAGAAAAAGCUACUGGAGCAACAACUGCGGUCGCAGCAACAGAUGGUGAUUUCACCCACGAUCCCACAGCAACAGACAGGCUACAAUCCUUUCUCUGAAGGCUUUACGUUUGAACAGAAUCCGGUUACGGUUCAGCCCACCAGUAAUCCUUUCAUGGCGCAAGCACUGCAACAAGGAGCUUCGCAACAGGUGGCACAGCAGACCGGGAUGCAGGAGGUGCAGCGUCACACCACCCAGGGUUUGGGUUUGCAGUAUCAAAACACGCAACUGCCACAACAAUCACCGGCGCAGGGCCUGCAGUAUCAAAAUACGCAAUUUCAACAACAAUCUCCAGCGCAAGGCCUACAGUAUCAAAAUACACAACUUCCACAACAAUCCCCAGCGCAGGGCCUACAAUAUCAAAACACACAGUUCCCACAACAGAGCCAGGUUCAGGGCCCGCAGUAUCAAAACACGCAGAUCCCACAACAGUCUCCAGCGCAGGGAUUGCAGUACCAGCACACGCAGCUUCCACAACAGCAGCAGCAGUCGCCAGCUGUUCAAACCGGGUUUUACAGCUCUAACGCGCACGUGACCCCACAUUACACCGGCGCUGGAUUUGGAGGCUACACGGGUGCUGCACAACCGCCAGCGGCCGCCGAGCCACAGGUAGCAAUGCCCACGGGGUCGAAGAAUCCGUUUUCGCUGGACAAUAUUGCUCGAGUUCGCGACGAACGUGAGACUUUCAAUCCGUUUUCGCAAUCCAACCAGCAAACGGGCAUCGCGCACGCCUCCGCAACCGCUAGUACCAAUCCUUUUGGACAAGGUCAAAUGCAGGGCCAAGUUCAGGGCCAGGAUCGUCCGCACACGUUUGGCGGGCUCGAGCAUUUGCCUACGGUGCCUGUUUUCGCCCAGAACACCCAGCAGCAGCAGCAGCAGCAGCAACUACAACAACAACAACAGUUCCUGUAUGGCCAGUCGUACGGCCCGCAGGGCUCUCAACAGCUGCAGUACCCGGGACAACAACAACAACAGCCGCAGCAGCAGCAGCAGCCUUAUUACCGUAGCGAGGGUCCUAAUCUCAUCGACAUAUAG